CAGUGCUUUUAGCAGUAGAGCUCAUUCCAGGAUUCACUGGCUAAGGAGAAACACUGUGGAUUAUACUUUACCUUUUUAAAAACUGAUUUGGUUUCUUUUUAUAUGAAGCUGGACAUUGAAUUUGCCUAAAACAAGGGAUUUUGUUUUGUUUGUUUUAACAGAAAGCUGAAACGGGUAAGCUUCAAUAAAGGACAGAGCUGAGCAGCUUUGUGCUCCCUAUACAGACACUGUGCCCUUUCUAAUGAGCAGUAACAAUGAGCCCAGCAUUUGGAGCCAUGGAAGUGGAGCACUACGCAAAGGGAGUUCUUCUCGAACCAUUUUUACACCAAGUUGGAGGGCACUCCUGUGUCCUUCGCUUCAAUGACAAGACUAUUUGUAAGCCCCUCAUCCAAAGGGAACAUCAGUUUUAUGAAACACUUCCUUCAGAUAUACGAAAAUUUACACCUCAGUAUAAAGGUGUAGUGUCUGUGAGUUUCGAAGAAGAUGAAGCUGGGAAAUUAUGUUUAAUAGCCUAUCCCUUAAAGGGGGACCAUGACAACCUGGACAAUUUAGAUAACUCAGAAUGCAAUGAACCUAAGAAUAAGAUGCUGAGGUGGUCUAAUAAGAAGGCUCUUAUGUUAGAAAAUGAUAACCUCACCAAAGAACGUGUUCGACAGCAUAGAAAAGAGGAAAAAAUGAAAAGCCACAAGCUGGAUGAGGAAUUUGAUCUUUUAAAGAAGUCUGAAGUUUUGUAUUAUAGCGUGGAAAAAAAGGGGAAUGUUAGUUCACAAUUUAAGCACAAUCCAUGGAGUAUGAAAUGUCAUCAGCAACAGCUACAACGAAUGAAAGAGAACUCCAAACACAGGAAUCAGUACAAAUUCAUCCUUCUGGAAAACCUCACCUGCCGAUAUCAAGCCCCCUGCGUCUUAGACUUGAAGAUGGGAACCAGGCAGCAUGGAGAUGAUGCUUCUGAGGAGAAAAAGGCAAAUCAAAUCCAGAAAUGUCAGCAGAGCACUUCAGCGAUUAUUGGGGUUCGAGUGUGUGGUAUGCAGGUCUAUCAAACCGGUAGUGGGCAACUAAUGUUUAUGAACAAAUACCAUGGUAGGAAACUUUCAGUCCAGGGUUUUAAAGAAGCACUUUAUCAGUUCUUUCAUAAUGGGAAGUACCUUCGCCGGGAACUGUUUGAACCUGUAAUAAAGAAACUGUCUGAACUUAAACAGGUUUUAGAGAAACAAGACUCUUAUCGCUUUUAUUCCAGUUCAUUACUUAUUAUUUACGAUGGGAAAGAGGUACAGGAAGUUCCUGUGGACUCUGACCCUGAAGACAUAGAGGACUUGUCAGAAGAAUCCUCAGAUGAAUCAGCAGGGGCAUAUGCUUACAAACCUUCAUCUAACAAGCCACUUGGGAACACUGUUGAUGUCCGUAUGAUAGACUUUGCACACACAACCUGCAAAUUCUAUGGGGAAGAUAGCAUUGUGCAUGAAGGCCAAGACACAGGCUAUAUUUUUGGACUUCAAAAUUUAAUAGCAAUUAUUAAAGAGAUUAGAGAUGAAAGCAGUGAAUAAAGGGGGAUGCAAACUGAGUUUGUAUUAUGCACUAUAUUGACUUAAUUAUAGUCCAGGUUCAUGACCACUUUGUGGUGGUAGGAAUCCUUACAGGAUCAGAUGGGUUGGGCCCAUCAAAAGAGGGCAUUUAUUUACAGCUGUGCUGAUUAAUAUUGUUAUACUAUUUAUUUUAAAUAUUAAAACAUUCCAUGAUCGAUUCAGAUACCUCUGUUACAUCUGUGUAUAUGUUCCAUUAUUCUUUCCUGUUUGUUGUUAGAAAUGCAGCUAUCGUCCAUAGAAGUGAAGUAAUGUUCUUGGUUGCCUGAAAGGCUGUUCUUAUGAAUAAUGUUCAGUUUCUGUCUGAACUACAGUCUUCAUACCACAAUGUCCAAGAAGGCACAUUUAUAACCUUUUAAAGCCACAGCUAAAAUGCAUUACUGUAAAUUACGCUAUAUUUCACAGCUUUUUUUUUUUAUGUGUGUGUGUAGCAUAAUUAAGGAAAUGCAAUGUGCUGCAUAAAUCACUAUUAGACAUUUCAGGUUACAAUGCAGUGAAAUAUAAGACAUGAUUUCAGAAUGUGCCUUUUAUCUGAAUGAAAUCAUAAAUGCCAAAUGUUAGCUGUGGGUUUCAUUACAUCUAGUAAAGGUUGAAUAAGGAUGUUCACAAGUUACAGCUUUCCAUUACAAUUGCACUUUCUGUAAAGAUACCAUUGAACCAAAUUCUAUAUGACAGACACAUAGGAAGAAGCAUUAAGAAAAACACAAACUGUGUUUUUGUUGUAAGGGAACCUAUCAUUAAAAAUUUUGUGUUUGUUUUUUUUUUUAUUUGGAGACAGAGUGGUUUGAUUCUACUAUUUUAAGAUCUGUUAUGUUACCAAUUCAUUCCAUAAUUUUGUUGCUUCAUGGAAUGUGCUCUUUAGGGAAUCGGUGAUCAUGCCUUGCAAAAAGCCUAUAUUUAUAUAAUUAUAUAUCAGGUCUAGAUAUUUAUAUUUCAUAGUUUUGGGGUGAAAAUUGGGAAUAUUGUAAAAAAAAAAAAUGAGCGGGGGAAGUUAAUUUUUUCACCAUUAAAUGUGCCCAGGAAGUAUACAGAGAUCUAAAAGGGUAACUCAUGAGGGGGCAUUUUAUUUAAAAAAUGCUAAAACUGUUAGCCUUUUCCAUUAUCAUGUUUUAUCCUUGUGUACUCUUGAUGGAUAAAUUGUUAAUACAGUAGUAAAUAAAAUCUUAUAUGACUUGUAA